GAGAAUUGACCUCAGCGGCUCAAUCAACACCCCGCUGUAUCUACAGUAUUUAACAUUGAGUCCGCUGAAAUGAAGUAGGUCAACUCUCGAAAAUGGCCAGCUUAAUGGUGUGGGUCGUUUCCAUGGGAACGGCUGUAAACGUUGAAAGUAGUGCGGCAGGGAUCACCAUGGAGACGGGGCCCUCGGCUCUCCGUUAGAGCCUGGUCCCCGGUUCCCGGCAUGUCGCUGGACGACCCGCGCAUCGAGUGGCUCCGGGACCGCGUCUACCAGGCGUUCGGCCUGAUCGGGCCUGACUGCUUCGAUGAGCUGCUGAACCGGGACGACGGGCGGCAUGAGCUGGUCAUCCUCCGCUUCCUCAACGACACGCACAGCGAGGACUGCCCGUCCGUGCUGCUCUUCUUCAAGGGCAGCCGCACCGAGGAGGAGGAGCUGCAGGUGGAGAUCGAGCCUGAGGAAACCUCUGAACCUACAAAUGAUGAAGAUGCUGUGACAGCUGAGAAGGUUGAGUUGCUCAAUGAGGAAGAAGCAUCACAAAUUGGCCCCGGUAGUCGUAAACACUCAACUGUGGCUCUGGAAACUGCAGCAUCCCAGGCAAGCCAGACUGACGAAGAAGCUACAACGCCAAAACUCCCACGAACUAAAAUCAUAACACAGUUAGUGGAAUACCCGAUGCUUCAUGUUUCACUUGAGAAAAUUCCUCAGGAGUUUACCAAUGAGGAUGCAUUCUUUUUUCUCAGGAAUAAAAAAGAGAACAUUACAGAACCCAAUGACAUGAGGGAGACCAACUUACUCAUGCCCAAAAUGCUGGAGUUCGGCAUGCUGAAUGGACACUCUUUGUUGAUGUUAUAUCAAAUCUUAACACAGCUCUUUAUGCCACUUCUGGCUCAUCACCACAGUAGGGCUGUUGAUCCGAGGCAAGGCUCAUCCCGUUUCUUAAGUACCGCAAUACUUCAGUAUGAGAAAAUGAGUGUUCCAGACUUGAAAGCAGGAGGCGACUCACCAAAUAUUCAGUUCAUCAGAGAUGAGUUCUUAAUAACUCUACUAAAAUUUGCAAAUCAAGUUCAAAGAACCAUUCAGCAAGUUGAGGGUGAAAUCAAACUUGAGAUGCCUCCAAUUGACCUUGAUGCAGAUUUGGACCAAUUUGCUUUUGAUCCAAUUAUAAGGGAAAUGCUAGAACAGAGUAUCAUGAACUGGCAGGUGCAAAUCACUACAGCUCUUGAAGAGCAGCUGACAAGGACACCCCAGGGCAAUGGUCCGCUGGCUGAAAUAGAUUUCUGGCGCGAACGUAAUGCUACUCUCAGUGCUCUAAGUGAACAGCUCAAACUGCCUGUGGUGAAGCGGAUUGUCAACUUUGUAGGCAAAUCUGACCAGAGUUUAAUCCAGAACUUCAAUUUAAUCAUUGCUGAUCUCACCAAGUACCAUGUGGAAGCUGCAGACAAUGUCAGGUUCCUUUCAACACUGGAACGGCAUUUUAAGAAUCUUUCACAAGGAACAAGAUUUCAAGUUGUCUUGGAUACAAUCCCUUCCAUGAUGAAUGCCUUAAGGAUGGUUUGGAUUAUUUCUCGCCAUUACAACAAAGAUGAACGAAUGGUGCCCCUUAUGGAGAGGAUUGCAUGGGAGAUUUCAGAGAGAGUUUGCAAAGUUAUCAACGUACGGAAAUUAUUUAAGAGGAACUCGGAGGAAGCAAAAAGAAAUGCCUUAGAAGCCAUCCAAACCCUGCAGCUGUGGAAAGAUUCCUACUUUGAUACCCGUGCUAAAAUUGAAGCUUCUGGAAGAGAUCAACGCUGGGAAUUUGACAGAAAGAAACUGUUUAAGAAAACUGAUUACAUGAUUGUCAUCUGUCAGAGUAUUCAUGACAUCUUACAGAUUCGAGAAGAAUUUUACAACAUUUUUGGACCAGAACUGAAAGCUGUAACUGGUGACCCAAAGCGCAUUGAUGAUGUGAUAAAAAGGGUUAAUGAUCUUGUGGUACCCAUCGUGGAAUUAUCCUUUGACAUAUUUAAUGUCCGUCAUGCUCAGAUGUGGAAACUAAUUAUGGAAGAUUUUUAUACCCAGGUUCAGCUCAUUGAAGGGGAAGCAAAGAACUUUAUUGAUGAGUCGUUCAAGAGUCUCCGCUCUGCAGAAGCAGCUUUUGACAUGCUCGUGAGAUUUAGACACAUCCGCUCCCGUGAAGCUGUCAACAAGCAAAUGAUGAGGAAGUUCAAUGACAUUUUGACACAGUACUGUAAAGAGGUUGAUAUUAUGAACAGCCUGUUCACCAAUAAUGCAAAUAAUCCUCCCGUGACCAAGAAUCAACCUCCUGUUUCUGGAGCCAUUCACUGGGAGCGUUCCCUCUUUCACCGAAUUAAACACGUCAUCAUUCACUUUCAAAAAAUGCCUGAGAUGCUGGCAAGUGAACAGGGGAAAGCAACCAAAGCAAAAUACCUGGAGGUGGCAAAGAGGAUGAAAGCCUAUGAAGAUAAAUUGUAUGAACACUGGCAAAGUGAGAUAAAUACAAAGUUGCACAUUCUAUUGAAGCAAAGCCUGCUUGUCAGGAUUAAUACAGCAGAGAUCAAUUCAGCAAGUUUGGUUCACAUCGAUCCAAGUAUGGCUGUUCAGGAUGAAUUGCUUGACAUUAAUUGUCAAUAUGAAGUGAAUUUUGCCCCAGAACUGGAAGAAAUUAUCAUGGAAUCCAAGUACAUGGAGCAGUUGGGAUUUCAAAUACCUCAGCUGGCCAGAAAUGUGGCUCUCCAAGAACAAAAGUUCCUCAGGUACGUCACUGGAUUGUGGAACAUGCUGAAUCGCUACCAAAAACUGAUGGAUUCGUUAAACGCAGCAGAGACUAAUCUUUUGAUAGAUCAUAUCCUGGAGCUCCAGCGAGUUAUUCGCUCAGGUUAUAGAAGAUUGAACUGGAACUCAUUGGGUAUUAUUGAUUACCUUGGACGCUGUGAGCAAGCAAUUGGGAAAUUUGAAUCGCUUGUAAACCAAAUUCAUAAAAAUGUCCGAGACAUUCUCUCUAAACUCACAGCUAUAGAAUCUGCAGACCUCUUCAAAAGGUCACCACCCAAGUCCAAGGAGGAUCUUGCAGGAGUAAAGGAGUUCUUUGAGUACGUAGAACGGGAACGGACAAAGGACAUCUUGAACUUAGUUAGUAAGUACAAAGCCAUUGGCCCACUGCUGACAAAAAUGGAAGGCCUCGUCUUCCACACCAACACUGGAAAGGCUUUAAAGAUGCCAUUAUACUACACUUACUGGGAGCGCCGCAUUUAUGACAGUCUUGUCAGAAUGAUUAUAAGAAAUCUUCAGCAAAUUAAUGCUGCUGUUCUUGGGAAUAAUCCCCUCUUCCAAAUUGAAGUUUUCCUCUCUGCCCCUGAGAUCAUCUUGAAACCCAGUGCUGCUGAAGUUUAUCAGCUGACUCUCCAGAACAUAAAAGAUUGUGUUGAAACAACAAAGCGGUUUGUCCGGUGGAUGCAUAGGUCCUGCAUUGAAUGCUCUCCACAAUAUAUUGAAGGAGAUGAUGAGCCAGUCAUCUUUAGCUUCUGCAAUGACAUCUCUCAGCAUCCACAGAUUAUAGAGCUAGCUGUUUCCACAGGCCAGAACCUACAAAAACUUCUUGGUUCUUUGGGCAAGUUUCUGAAUAGCUGGAAGAAAUACCGAACGUUGUGGAAGAUGGACAGGUCUAUCGUUGUGGAGAAGUUUGCAGCAAGAAAUCCUUCCUGUGUUAGUUAUGACGAGAAGCUGCAGUUCUACACCAGAAUCAAUGAGGAAGUGGCACAUCAGCCACUUGUGAAAGAUGAGCAAUGCAUUCGGCUGCAGCUGAGGCCCUUGGCAUUUAGUAUCCAAGAAAAUGCAAAUGCGUGGGUGCAAUCACUUGGGAAUUGUCUGAAUGAAUCUGCCAAAAGGGAAUUAUAUAGUCUAAGGCAUGAACUUGAGGAGCUUUCAGUUUCUUUGCAGACAGUUCCAGACACUCUGGAGAACCUCAAGUUUGUCCUCAGGACAAUUGCCCAAAUUCGAGCCAUGUCCUUAACUGUGGAGCUACGGUUACAGGACACCCAGGAGCGAUAUCGCACUCUUGCCAUGUAUAAUAUUCAUACUACAGAAGAAGAAAGAACAUUACAGCAGAAUAUUGAAGCAAUUUGGAAAAGUCUCUUUGAAGAGUCACGUAACAUUGAUCUCAGCUUGGGUACUGUAAAGAAGAAGUUCACUAAGACCACCAAACUUGAGACUAAAGAAUUUGCAGCUAACCUUGCUGGUUUUGCAACAAAAUUCCGUAUAGAAGGCCCAGGGUCUGUAGAGUCUGACCUCGAUACAGGGCUUGAGAUUUUGGGCAAAUUUGAAAAUGAGUUGGAAGAACUUGAAAGAAAACGUCAAGAGUUGGUUAAUGCUGAGAAACUUUUCGACCUGCCCAUUACAAUGCAUCCUGAUUUGCUGUCACUUCAGAAAGAAAUGAAAGGUCUGCGGCAGAUCUAUGAUAUUUACAAGGCACAGCGGACAGCAAAAGAGGAAUGGUCUGAGACACUGUGGGCUGAUUUAAAUGUGCAGCUGCUUCAGGAAGGAAUUGAUGGAUUUCUGAAGGCUUUCAGAAAGUUGCCCAAGGAUGUUCGUAGUCUAACUGUUGGCUUCCAUUUGGAAUCUCACUUGAAAGAAUUUAAGGAUUCCAUCCCCUUGUUACUGGAUUUGAAGCAUGAGGCACUAAGAGAGAGGCACUGGAAAACAUUAAUGACACGGACAGGCACGGAAUUUGAGAUGCGAGCGGAUACAUUUACACUGGCGAAUAUGUUUGCUAUGCAACUGCACAAAUAUAGUGAAGCCAUUGGUGAUAUAGUUACUGCUGCCAUUAAAGAACUUAGUAUUGAGAAGGGUGUCAAGGAGGUUGUGGAUACCUGGGAAAACAUGAAGUUCACUGUGCAAAAGUACUACAAAGGAACUCAGGACCGAGGCUACAUCCUAGGAUCUGUAGAUGAGAUCCUUCAGAUACUUGAUGAUAAUGCCAUGAAUCUACAAAGCAUGGCAGGAAGCAGAUAUGUAGGUCCUUUCUUGUCUACAGUGCAGGAAUGGGAGAAAAACCUGUCCUUAAUCGGUGAAGUGAUUGCGGUUUGGUUGGUGGUGCAAAGGAAAUGGAUGUACUUGGAGAGUAUCUUCAUCGGUGGAGAUAUUCGAUCUCAACUACCUGAGGAAGCAAAGAAGUUUGAUAACAUUGAUAGAAUAUUCAAAAAGAUCAUGUCUGAAACUGUGAAGGAGCCUGUCAUAAGCAAAUGUUGCCAUGCUUCCAAUCGCCUGACAAACCUCAAGAAUCUGAGUGAAGGCCUCGAGAAAUGCCAGAAGAGUCUCAACGACUACCUGAACUCCAAACGAAAUGCCUUUCCCAGGUUCUUCUUCAUUUCUGAUGAUGAGUUACUGAGUAUUCUGGGGAGCAGUGAUCCUGAAGCUGUCCAGGAACACAUGAUAAAGAUGUAUGAUAACAUUGCGUCACUAAGGUUCCAAGUGGGCAAUGAGAAUGAAACAUUGGCAGCCGCAAUGGUUUCUGCUGAAGGGGAGGUGAUGGAAUUCAGACAGAUGAUACCGGCAGAGGGCCGAGUUGAAGACUGGAUGACCGCUGUCCUGGGUGAAAUGAGGAGAACAAAUCGUCUCAUUACAAAGGAAGCAAUUUUCCGAUACUGCGAAACCUUGAGCAGGAACGAUUGGAUGCUGGUUUAUCAGGGCAUGGUUGUCCUUGCUGCCACCCAGGUCUGGUGGACAUGGGAGGUUGAAGAUGUCUUUCAAAGGUUUAAAAAGGGAGAUAAACAGGCCAUGAAAAAUUAUGCUAAGAAGAUGCACCAACAGAUUGAUGACCUCGUGACCCGCAUCAUGCAACCGCUGAGUAAAAAUGAUCAUAAGAAGUAUAAUACGGUGCUUAUUAUUGAUGUACAUGCCAGAGAUAUUGUGGAUACAUUUGUCCGAGACAGCAUAAUGGAUGCCCGAGAGUUUGAGUGGGAGAGCCAGCUUCGCUUCUACUGGGAGCGGCUGCCCGAUAAUCUGAGGGUGCAUCAGUGCACUGGUUGUUUUGAUUAUGGCUAUGAAUACAUGGGUUUGAAUGGUCGCUUGGUCAUCACUCCUCUCACUGAUCGCAUCUAUCUCACGCUCACACAGGCUUUGUCGAUGUAUCUUGGAGGGGCACCCGCAGGACCAGCCGGAACCGGCAAAACUGAGACCACUAAAGACUUGGCCAAAGCUCUCGGACUGCUUUGUGUUGUGACGAAUUGUGGAGAAGGCAUGGAUUACAAAGCGAUGGGGAACAUCCUGUCGGGACUGGCUCAGUGUGGUGCCUGGGGAUGCUUUGAUGAAUUUAACCGAAUCGAGGCUGCGGUGCUGUCAGUUGUGUCCUCACAAAUCCAGACUAUUCGCAAUGCACUCAUACGGCACCUAACCAGGUUUCAGUUUGAAGGGCAGGAGAUUUCUCUGGAUAGUCGGAUUGGUAUUUUCAUCACAAUGAAUCCCGGGUAUGCUGGGCGGACAGAGCUGCCGGAAUCAGUGAAAGCUCUCUUCAGGCCUGUGGUUGUCAUUGUCCCAGACCUUCAACAAAUCUGUGAAAUUAUGCUUUUCUCAGAAGGAUUUCUGAUGGCAAAGAUCCUUGCAAAGAAGAUGACAGUACUUUACAAGCUGGGCAAGGAGCAGCUUUCAAAGCAACAUCACUAUGACUUUGGGCUUCGAGCUCUUAAGUCUGUACUUGUUAUGGCCGGAGAACUGAAGAGAGGGUCUCCUGAUAUCAGUGAGGAUGUGGUGCUGAUGAGGGCACUGAGAGACAUGAAUCUCCCAAAAUUCGUCUUUGAGGAUGUUCCCCUCUUCCUGGGCCUGAUCUCUGACCUGUUUCCAGGGCUGGAAUGUCCUCGUGUCCGCUACCCUGACUUCAACGAUGCGGUGGAGCAGGUGCUCGCAGAGAACCAUUAUAUUUUAUUGCCAGUUCAGGUGGAUAAAGUGGUGCAGAUGUACGAAACAAUCAUGACUCGACACACCACUAUGGUGGUUGGACCCACUGGAGGUGGAAAGACUGUGGUCAUUAAUACACUUUGCAAGGCUCAAACCAGAAUGUCACUGGUGACAAAACUGUACACACUGAAUGCAAAGGCCGUCAGUGUGAUUGAGCUCUAUGGAAUCUUGGAUCCUGUGACUCGUGACUGGACCGAUGGAAUUUUAUCAAAUAUAUUUAGAAAUAUCAAUAAACCAACUGACAAGAAGGAAAGGAGGUACAUUUUAUUUGACGGUGAUGUGGAUGCACUCUGGGUGGAAAACAUGAACUCUGUGAUGGAUGACAACAAGUUGCUGACACUGGCAAAUGGAGAACGGAUCAGGCUGCAGGCUCACUGUGCCAUGCUCUUUGAGGUUGGAGAUUUACAGUAUGCCUCUCCAGCCACCGUUUCUCGUUGUGGGAUGGUUUAUGUGGACCCCAAGAACCUGCGAUACAGACCCUACUGGGGCAAGUGGAUCAAUGAGAGGACCAGCAAGCAAGAACAGACUGACCUCUCCAAACUGUUUAACAAGUAUGUGCCUCAGAUCCUUGAGUUGAUAGUGGAGGGGAUGUUGGAUGGAAGGCAAGUUGAGAAGUUGAAAACAAUUGUCCCUCAAACAGAUCUGAAUAUGGUCACCCAGCUCACAAAGAUGUUGGAUCGUUUGCUGGACAAAGAGGUGGAUAGCUUUGACGUACUAGAAUGCUACUUUAUUGAGGCCUUGUAUUGCUCUCUGGGUGCUUGUCUUCUGGAGGAUGGAAGGACAAAAUUUGAUGAGUAUGUUAAACGUCUUGCCAGUAUGUCAACAGUUGAAGCUUCGAAUGUCUUUGCUGGCCCAGGAGAAUUACCUGGCCAGCUACCAACUCUUUAUGAUUUUCAUUUUGAUGGCGAGAAGCUGAAAUGGAUUCCAUGGUCCAGCCUUGUGUCUAAGUAUAUCCACAACCCUGCAGUAAAAUUUUUAGAUGUUCUUGUUCCCACCGUCGACACCACACGUAUCAGUUGGCUGCUUGGAGAGAUGGUGAAAAUUAAACAUCCUGUACUACUGGUGGGAGAAUCGGGAACCUCCAAAACUGCCACGACGCAAAACUUCCUUAAAAAUCUUAACACAGACGUUACUCUGCUGUUGACUAUCAACUUUUCCUCUCGGACCACGUCAAUGAAUGUACAAAGAAACCUGGAGGCCAAUGUAGAGAAACGCACCAAAGUUACCUAUGGGCCACCUGUGGGAAAGAGUCUCUUGGUCUUCAUUGAUGAUAUGAACAUGCCAAGGGUGGAUGAGUAUGGUACACAACAACCCAUCGCUCUGCUGAAACUCCUUCUGGAGAAAGGUGGCAUGUAUGAUCGUGGCAAGGAGUUGAAUUAUAAAAUCCUGAAGGACCUGGGCUUUAUUGCUGCAAUGGGAAAAGCUGGAGGUGGACGUAAUGAAGUGGAUCCCAGAUUUAUCUCGCUCUUCUGUGUGUUCAACGUAAUAUUUCCAUCAGAGGAAUCAUUAUUUUCGAUUUACUCUUCCAUUCUGAAGGGACACACGAUGCCUUUCACUGAAGAAGUACAAGGAAUCUGUGUUAAAGUGACCUCUGCUACUCUACAACUCUACAGCAAGAUUGUACAGGACCUGCCUCCAACUCCUUCAAAGUUUCACUACAUCUUCAAUCUGCGAGACUUGUCCAGGGUGUUCAGUGGACUGGUCCUUGCUACUCCUGAAAGGUUUCAAACAGUUGGACAGAUGGUCAGGCUCUGGAGGAAUGAAUGUCUUCGAGUGUUUCAUGACAGGCUCAUUAAUGAAAUGGACAAAAUGCUGGUUGAAGGAAAUAUCAACCAAUUAAUAGAAGACCAUUUCCCAAAUGUAUUAGAGCAAGCCACCAGGAACCCGAUUCUGUUUGGAGACUACCGGACAUUUAUGCACGAAGGGGAGCCUCGUAUAUAUGAAGAUCUGCAGGAUUAUGAUGCUGCUAAAGCUCUCUUCCAGGAAAUUUUGGAAGAGUACAACGAACUGAAGUCUCAAAUGAACCUGGUGUUGUUUGAUGAUGCUGUGGAGCACUUGACACGGAUCCAUCGGAUUAUCAGGAUGGACAGGGGCCAUGCUCUGCUGGUGGGUGUUGGUGGUUCUGGCAAGCAGUCCCUGACCAAACUAGCUACAUACACAGCGAACUGUGAGAUUUUUGAGAUUGUCCUGGGUCGAGGUUAUUCUGAGACUAAUUUCCGAGAUGAUUUGAAGGUUCUGUAUCUGAAACUAGGGAUUGACAACAAGCCAACAGUCUUUCUCUUUACUGAUGCACACGUGGCUGAGGAAGGAUUCCUGGAGCUGAUAAACAACAUGUUAACCUCAGGCAUUGUCCCAGCACUCUUUCCAGAUGAGGAGAAAGAAGGCAUCUUAGGACAAAUAAGAGAGGAAGCAAUGAAAGCUGGUUGCAGUCCAGCUAAAGAGAGUAUCUGGCAGUAUUUUAUCAAUAAGAGUGCCAGUAAUCUGCAUAUUGUAUUGGGCAUGUCGCCUGUUGGUGAUGUGUUACGGACACGAUGUCGGAACUUCCCAGGUCUGGUGAAUAAUACCGGAAUUGACUGGUUUUUACCAUGGCCACCCCAGGCACUGCUUGCCGUGGCACAGGCGUUCUUGGGAAAGAACCCAAUGAUCCCAACGGAACAUUUUGAGAAUGUGAUAGACCACGUGGUCAUGGUGCACAGUUCGGUCGAUAAGUACAGUCUGAUAUUCUUGCAGAAGCUAAGACGCAACAACUACGUCACUCCGAAAAACUACCUGGAUUUCAUCAACACUUAUGCUCGGUUAUUGAAUGAGAAAGAUCAAUACAUUUUGGCUCAGUGCAAGCGUUUGGAGGGCGGAUUGGACAAGUUAAAGGAGGCCAGUAUUCAGCUGGCUGAGUUAAACCUGAAACUUGCAGAACAAAAGGUUGUCCUAGCAGAGAAAACAGAAGCCUGUGAGGCCCUGUUGGCAGAGAUUGCCACGAACACUGCUGUCGCUGAGGAGAAGAGAAAGCUGGCAGAAGAGAAAGCUGCUGAGAUAGAGGAACAGAAUAAGGUGAUAGCAGUGGAGAAGCAGGAUGCAGAGAACGCCUUGGCUGAAGCUUUGCCUGCGCUGGAGGCUGCCCGAUUGGCAUUACAGAGUCUAGACAAGUCUGAUGUCACUGAGAUCAGGUCAUUUGCAAAGCCUCCCAGACAAGUGCAGACCGUUUGUGAAUGUAUCCUUGUGAUGCGGGGUUACAAAGAGAUUAACUGGAAAUCUGCCAAAGGCAUGAUGUCAGAAGCAAACUUCCUCAAGAACCUGAUGGAAAUGGAUUGUGAUGCUAUUGGGCAGGCACAGGUCAAAACAGUGAAAGGCUUUCUGAAGAACCUCAAUACAUCGUUUGAUGAAAUGCAGGCCAUCAGCAGAGCGGGUGCUGGGAUGUUAAAGUUUGUUGAGGCCGUUAUGGGCUACUGUGAUGUGGCCAGAGAAAUCAAACCAAAGAGAGAAAAGGUAGCCAGGUUGGAACGUAAUUACUAUCAGAGCAAACGUGAUCUGGAGAAGAUCCAGGCGGAACUGGCAGCCAUCCAGCAGGAGCUAAAUGCACUGAGUAAGCGUUACGAGGCUGCAAUGAGAGAGAAGCUGCAGCUGCAGGAGGAGGCAGAGAUCAUGGAGCGCCGAUUGGUGGCAGCAGACAAGCUCAUCUCUGGACUGGGCUCUGAGAACGUGCGCUGGACAAAGGACUUGGAGGAUCUAAAAAUGCGAAGAGUGAAAUUACUUGGAGACUGCCUGAUUUGUGCUGCUUUUCUGAGUUAUGAGGGAGCCUUCAGCUCAGAGUUCCGCCACGAAAUGAUUUAUGUCAAAUGGCAGGAUGAUAUACUGCAACGUGAAAUUCCACUGAGUCAACCGUUUCGUCUGGAAAACAUUCUUACGGAUGAGGUUGAAAUCAGCAGGUGGGGCUCAGAAGGUUUACCUCCUGAUGAGCUGUCUGUUCAGAACGGCAUCCUCACUACACAGGCCAGUCGCUUCCCGCUCUGCAUCGAUCCUCAGCAACAGGCCCUGAAGUGGAUCAAGAGAAAGGAAGCAAAGACCAAUUUGAAGAUCUCUUCAUUUAAUGAUCCUGAUUUCCUGAAGCAAUUGGAGAUGGCUAUUAAAUAUGGAUUUCCCUUCCUAUUCCAAGAUGUGGAUGAGUACAUUGAUCCAGUGAUUGAUAACGUCCUCGAAAAGAACAUUGAAGGACAACAAGGGCGUUAUUACAUUAGGCUCGGAGACAAGGAGGUUGACUAUGAUCCUAACUUCAAAAUGUAUCUCAAUACCAAGCUUGCAAACCCCAAGUACCAGCCUUCAGUUUUUGGAAAAUCCAUGGUGAUAAACUACACUGUGACGUUAAGUGGCCUGGAGGACCAGUUACUGAGUGUAAUUGUGGCAUAUGAGCGGAAAGAACUGGAGGAGCAGAGGGAGCGUUUGAUCAAGGAAACCAGUGAAAACAAGAAACUGCUAAAGGAUCUUGAGGAUUCUCUUCUUCGUGAAUUGGCAACUUCCACCGGGAACAUGUUAGAUAAUGUUGAACUUGUCGAAACUCUAGAAGAGACUAAGACCAAAGCUACUGAGGUGUCAGAAAAGCUAAACCUGGCUGAAAAGACUGCAGUCGAUAUAGACAAACUGAGAGAUGGCUAUCGACCAGCUGCCAAACGAGGGGCAAUUUUGUUUUUCGUCUUGUCGGAGAUGGCGCUGGUUAACAACAUGUACCAAUAUUCUUUGGCAUCUUUCCUGGAGGUCUUUGACUUAUCUCUCCGCAAAUCUCUGCCUGACUCUAUACUUCAAAAGCGACUGCGGAACAUCAUGAACGCGUUGACUCUUAACGUGUACAAUUAUGGCUGCACAGGUUUGUUUGAGAAGCAUAAGUUGCUUUUCUCAUUCAACAUGACGAUAAAGCUUCAGCAGGCUGAACAGAGGGUCCCUCAGGAAGAACUGGAAUUUUUCCUGAAAGGAAACAUAUCUCUGGCGAAAAGCAAGCGGCCAAAGCCAUGUCAUUGGCUUCCGGAUCAAGGCUGGGAGGAUAUUGUUCAUCUUGCAGAGUCUUUUCCACAACUGUUUGCAUCACUUCCAGAAGAUCUGCAAAAGAAUAAGGAGGUUUGGAAAAACUGGUAUGACCUUGAUGCACUUGAACAAGUGGGAUUCCCUCUCCACUACAAGGACACACUGAACAGUUUUCAGAAGCUGCUGUUGCUGCGCUGUUUCCGUGUGGAUCGUGUCUACCGGGCAGUGAUGGACUACAUCACGGUCACCAUUGGGGAAAAGUUUGUUCAGCCACCUGUCAUUAGUUUUGAAGCCAUCUUUGAGCAGAGUACGGCCAAUUCUCCCAUCGUCUUCAUCCUCAGCCCUGGCUCUGACCCAGCUUCAGACCUUUCAAAACUGGCUGAGCGAUCAGGGUUCGGAACAAGUCGACUAAAAUCCCUGGCAAUGGGACAAGGACAAGAGAAGGUAGCGCUGCAGUUGCUGGAGACAGCGGUGGCACGUGGGCAGUGGCUGAUGCUGCAGAACUGCCAUCUGCUUGUAAAAUGGCUGAAGGAACUGGAAAAGGCGCUGGAGUUAAUUCAUAAGCCUCACCCUGACUUCCGCUUGUGGCUCACUACUGAUCCAAUCCAAGACUUCCCUAUUGGAAUACUCCAGAACUCACUUAAGGUAGUGACGGAACCACCCAAUGGCCUAAAGCUGAACAUGAGAGCUACAUAUUUCAAGAUCAGCCACGAAGCCUUGACCAUGUGCACCCACUUUGCCUACAAGUCGCUGGUCUACGUUCUGGCGUUCUUCCAUGCAGUGGUCCAGGAGCGAAGGAAGUAUGGGAAGAUUGGAUGGAAUGUGCCAUACGAUUUCAAUGAAUCUGAUUUCCAGGUCUGCAUGGAGAUUCUCAACACUUACUUGACAAAGGCUCAGGAGCAGAAUGACACCAGGAUUCCAUGGGGCAGUCUGAAGUAUUUGAUUGGAGAGGUGAUGUACGGAGGCCGUUGCAUCGACAGCUUUGAUCGCCGUAUCCUCACCACCUACAUGGAGGAAUUUCUGGGCGACUUCAUAUUUGACACUUUCCAACCUUUUCACUUCUUCCACAAUGAUGAAGUGGACUACAAAAUCCCAAAGGAUGGGAGCAAAGACGAUUACACUGAUGAGAUUGAAUCUCUUCCACUUGCAAACACUCCUGAAGUAUUUGGACUUCACCCCAAUGCUGAGAUUGGUUACUACACACAGGCAGCGCGCAGUAUGUGGGGACACCUGAUUGAUCUCCAGCCUCAGACAGGGGAAAGUGGCAGUGGGAUGGGUCGUGAUGAGUACAUCGAACACGUGGCCAAGGAUAUUGAGAGCAAGCUCCCGACCCCUUUUGACCUCGAUGCUAUCUAUAAAAAAUUAGCUUUGCAAAUUACUCCAACCACAGUGGUCCUGCUGCAGGAACUUGAACGUUUCAACCUACUGAACAACCGAAUUAUGCGAUCUCUGCUGGAACUGCAGAAGGCCCUGGCUGGUGAAGUGGGAAUGAGCAGUGAGCUGGACGAGGUGGCACGAGCUCUCUUCAAUGGACACAUCCCUGCCAUCUGGAGAAGACUAGCUCCAGACACCCUCAAGUCACUUGGCAACUGGAUGACCCAUUUCAAGAGGAGGUUUGACCAGUACGCUUUAUGGGUGGACGAAGGUGAACCCAAUGUCAUGUGGCUGUCUGGACUGCACAUCCCUGAAUCCUACCUCACAGCGCUGGUUCAGGCAACUUGUCGCAAGAAUGGCUGGCCAGUCGACCGCUCCACGCUCUACACUCAGGUCACCAAGUAUGCAACUGCGGAGGAUGUUGUGGAGCGCCCUGGGAACGGCUGCUUUAUUUGUGGUUUAUACCUGGAAGGAGCUGACUGGGAUAUUGAAGGGGGCUGCCUGGUCCGCAGCAAGCCCAAGGAGUUGGUGACUGAGCUUCCUGUUCUCAAGGUGAUCCCCACUGAGAGCCAUCGCCUGAAGCUCCAGAACACACUACGAACGCCUGUGUAUACCACGUCAAUGCGACGGAAUGCAAUGGGUGUUGGACUGGUCUUUGAAGCCGAUCUCUUCACCACCAGACACAUUUCACACUGGGUGUUACAGGGUGUCUGCCUCACCCUGAACUCGGACUGAGUCUGCCAGUGUGUAGUACAGCAACAGGGUCUUCUGCUCCCAGAACAACAACUAACAGUGAGGCGGGGAAUGAAUUUCUCUCAUUCAGUGAAGUGAUCAAUGACAAAAACCUACAUAGCAAUAAAUGCUCAUCAAAUAAAUGUAAGGAUUAAAGAAUUAGAAGUCAGUAUGUGCAGUACACUGAAUACCUCUGCAUUCAGCAUUCGUUCUGUGUCUUGAACCUGGUCUGUGUAUCCUCUAGAGCACAUUCUUCACAAGACUUAUCAAUAUACCAAUUACUGUCAGAGGUCAUAUGGAAAAAACUUCUUAAACACCAAGAUCACAUUAGCAUUGUGUUUAGUGGCUGUAAUGACAGAGGAGCUACUGUGGAAAUCGUGAGGUUACUUUCAGUGAUACCCUGCCCCUCCACUUCUCAUUGGAGCACAAAGAGCUUGAAUGGUACUCUGGCAUUUUUAAAUACCGGGCAAAUAUCUUCCUUUACUGCAAGUAAUUAAAGUUUUUAAUGGGGACCUCAGCAAAUCUGAAUUCAUGGGUAACCUUUGUAAUUUGCUGACAUUUCAAAGCAUAAUGGAUUUUAAAAUGUGAAAUUCUUUAUAAAAAUAAAGUUUUAUA